AUAUUCUGGACAUAAACCAGCAAUAUUUUAAUCCAACACGAAAUUCUCAUUGACAACUAAUUUUGUUAUUAAAAUCAGAAAAUUUGUUUCUAUUUAUCUAUCACCAUCAUUACUGAAGGACAGCACAAAGAAAACAAAACUGAAAUGGGUAUUAUUAACAAGUUUAUUAGCCAAAAACUCAUGAGAAGUGUCAAAGCAAAACAAUCCAUUAAAAAGCUAAAAAGGACAGUCUUAUUGAAACUGCUUGAAAAUUGUUUUGAUGUUUUUCGCAUGUGUUCGAUAUAUCUUUAUUUAAAUUUCUAAACCGAUAUGUAAAAAUGUCGUAAACUGUUAGUGGAAAUCGUAUUUAUUCAGAAUUUGUGCGCUCUUGAAGCGAUUGUGCGUAAUAAUGUUUUUACAGUGAAGUGAAUUUCGAAUGUUUCACUCUAAUUGUGAUGAAGUUUUUUUGUAUCUUCAAACCUUCCGAGCUGCGCCGUCCGGUGUACUACUUGUAUUUGGUUUUUGUUUUCCGAGUGCUCAAAGUUUUCAGUGAGAAUGAAGAAAACAGAAGAAUAGAAGAAAAUGAAGAAUAGAAGAAAAAAAUUCAAAAAGAUGUUUAUGUUUCGUUUAUGUCUUUUUCUCUAAUACAACAUCGUAUUUAUACCUGCCAAUAUAGAAAAGACAACCGCGUCUGAAAUUUUGUCGGCAGUAGUGUGCCAUCUAGUGGCUAGUAGUCAUUAAGGUGUUACCGUUUCGGUAACAGGGCGCCAUAUAGCUGCAGAUUGCAGAAGCCAAUUCAACCAUUCAUAUUGGUUGAAAAUAGCAUUUUAUUUCUUUAAUUCAACUAAAAAAUUAGUUGAAUGGAAAUGAAAUGUGCCUUAGCUAAGAAAAGACAGCACGUUUAAUUUGUGAAUUCAACUAAAAAAUAGUCAUUUCAACAAAUAUUUUAUUAUUAUUAGGGGAAUGAGAAUAAAAAAUCUAAUUUAGCAAAAGUAAGAUGUUUUUAGUUGUCUCAAAAAAUAACUAACUAAAAUCAGCAAAUCAACUAAAUUUUUCGCGAAAAUGCUGAUUUCGGUCGUUCCGUGUAGAGAUUAUAAAACGUCUGUGUGUGUAUGUGACAAAGAAUGUCACUCAGUUUUCUCAGAGAUGGCUAAACCGAUUUCAACAAACUCAGAUUCAAAUGAAAGGUCGUAAGGUCCCAUACAAAGUUCCUAAGUUUCAUUUGGAUCCGACUUCCGGUUCUGGAGUUAUGAGGAAAUAUGUGCAAAUUUAUUUAAAAAUGCGCACUCAAUUUUAUCGGAAAUUUCUUCACCGAUUUUCACAAACUAAGAUGAAAAUAAAAGGUCUUAAAAUUCUUAAAAAAGUCCUCGAAAAGAUCCGAAUUCCGGCUCCGGUGUUACAGUGCGAUUAUGGAAAAUUUUCGAUUAUAUGAGUGUUUUUUCACAAGUGAAAUAUAUAAAGUUAGUUAGUUAGUUAGUGAAUAUAUAAAACUACUUUGGGACUACUAGUUCCCGGUUUUCGCUUCUGAAAGCACCGUUAAUAGUAAAAAAAUCUCCUGAAACGGUACUCACUUCGAUUUCUCAGUAACGGUUUAAUCGCUAUUCCCGAAUCAUGAUUCAAAUUAAAGCUCUCGUUGUCUUUAAAUAUACCUCCUAAUUUCAUCCAGAUACGACUUCCGGUUCCAAAAUUAUACGGCGAUGAUUGUCAAAACAUUAAAUCGUCAUUCUAAAUGAUGAUGCAAAACUGGUAUGCGUCGGUACGUGCGGCUUUGCUCCGUUCGCAGCGUGCUUUGUUCUAUUUCGUAUAUCGUUUAGAGUUCCCACGUUAAAAUUGAUAUUUUUCAGAUGAAACGACACAGUUCAUCAAUCUGAGCAAUGUAUGUGCCUGUGCGUAUAUGUGUGUGAGUAUGUGUCAAAUAAUGUCACUCAUAAAAUAAAAAAUCUCGUAGUCCCCUAGGUUGCUAUUGAAUUUCAUACCGUCAUUUAGAGCGACGCUGCAAAAAAGGGUAAAUUCUUCUAGGUUUGGCUUAAAACUGUAAUUUAAUUUGUAGGCUGUAUUAGUUACUUACUAGACGAACUUUCGGCUAUACUGAUUCCAAGUUCCCGGUUCCAGAAGUAAAGAAAAUAGUGGUCAAACAUUUUAAAACGAUGCUCAUUAAAUUUUCUCUGAGAUGAUUUGAUAGAUUUCCACAAAUAGGCUCAAAUAAAAGUUCGUAUAGUCUCAUAGGUUGCUGUUUAAUUGCAUCCGGGUCGGACUUCCGGUUUCAGAGCUAUAGGGUAACGUGUGUUUAAUUAUUUAGUGCGACGAUCCAAAAUAAAGAAAAAUUCUUAUUAACUUGACAUAAUUUACAUUACAAAUUGAAAUGAUUAUGUUAAUUCAUACCCAAAAAAAAAUUCUUAUUUUAUUCAAGAUUGAACUCAGUAAUAUUUUUUAAAAUAUAAGUAAUAUGAGAAAGGCAUCAUUACACCACUAGGUGGAUUAAAUAAGGGUUUGAACUUGUAUACGCGCCUGGUCGGUUGUGUCGGAGCCGGAUUUCUUGUGCCGGAUGUACCGAAAGUAGUAGUUUAAAAAUUCCGAAAUUAAAUCUGCAUCGGUUACUCAUAUAAUUCGGGUAAUGAGAAAGGUAUCAUUGCACCCUUAGAUCGACAAAAACCGAUUUUUCUUCUUCGAUGGAAAACGACAUGUGCUCAAAUCGCCAUGAAAGCAAUUUUUUCUACAGUAUACAUUGGGAAGUAAUAUGAUAAAGAAUGUCUAAAUAAUUCGUUGAAACAAAUAUUUAUUUUUGCAAAAUAUGUCCAGGACCGGUGGUCCAGAGGUUAAGACGGGGGUCUUACAAUGCUGCUAUUGUAAACCCAAACCUCGGGAUGAAAGAAGUUUGGCUUGAUACCGGACCAAACUUAGAUUCGUGCCCAUCUGUUACCCAAGCCGUAGACGAAAUUGGAUCAGAUUCAGCACCAAAAGUCGAGGAUCAAGUUUCGCACCGGAGUGUAGUACCGAAAUUUGACUCUUUUUUUUCUACUGAUUAGGUUUCUCUUUCGUUCUUGCACUUUUGUCAACACAGAUUGCGACUGAGCAGUUCCUAUUUUGUCCUACAGACCGAUAGAUAAACCGUUUUGUUAUCGCGCGCGCAUGUGCACUCUCUUUGACGACCGUCGACGAGGUAGCGCGCGUGAGUUGGUUUCGCGUCAGCGCAUUUUGAGUAGCGCCCACGGUAGGUUAGCUCCAGUCCAAUGGAGAACUCGGACGACAACGGGGAGCUCCCCUUUUGUUUAUCCAUCUAUCAGCCGGUCGGAGUUUGGUGUUUUUCGUUCGAGAAACGUUGUUUCCAGUAGUAACAGAAGCUAAGUUCGAUUCGGAACCAUGUCUUCUUAUCCAGUCACUGUUUUGAAUCUGAAUCUGAAGCGGUGAACGGUUUGUGUGGUUGGAAAUAGGUCAUUGCGGAACAGUCGUGAUUUAGAACUGGGACAGUGAUUUGUGCGGGGGCAGUCGGAACCAAGUGUAAUAAACAGACGUAAUCAGACCAAUCAAAUGUGAUAAUGGCAUUCUGGAGUGCUUCGCGUACAACAUCGUUGCGUGUAUGGAAAGUUUAUUGUUUGUCCAAAGAAUAAUUUACACCAAAUUAAAUGAAUGAAUAAUCAUAACGAGCUGGCAAAUGUGAUAUGAGUUUUCGGACUAAAUAGUCAAUGUGUUAUUCAGAGUGAUAGUAAGUUUUAGGCGAUUACUUUUUAAACCGGAAUAGUUGCAGCAUCAUUUAGAGUCAUAAACAACGAGCUGCAUUUGGAUAGAAACAGACGGUGUCUACGUGACUGAGUGGAUUGCUUUUAUUAGUCCCUCAGUGAAAUUUCGUCGUCAGGUGAGCAGAUCGUGCUUCACAAACCGGUAGAAUGGCGGAACCGGCACAGCUACGAUCACCCGAUGGAGGCUGGGGAUGGAUGGUGGUGUUUGCCUACGGAAUGGCCAAUAUUAUGAUCGUUCCUGUUCUGCAAAGUUUCGGUUUGAUCUUCAAGGACACAUUCAAGGAAAUUCACAUAUCCGCAACGGAUGCCUCACUCAUCAUAAACCUGGCGUCGGCGGUCGGAAUGACAUUCGGUCUGUUCAACGGACCGCUGCUGCGAAACUUCGGUUUCCGAAAAGUAGCCGCCCUAGGCGGAUCGAUGUUCUCGCUGGGUCUCGUGUUAACAUCCGGUGCCAAUACGUUCACACAUUUCAUCAUAUCGUACAGCAUCAUAGCUUCGCUCGGAAUGGGUUUUUGCAACUCCUCGUUUUCGCUAGCCCUAAACACCUACUUCGUGGUGCGAAGAAACAAGGCAGCCGGAAUCGCGAUGACUAUCACCGGAUUGGGGCCGAUUUUACUCCCGCAGUUGGUUUCGGUUCUUGUGUCUCUUUACGAUCCGCGAGCCUGUCUGUUCAUCAUUGGAGCACUCGCCACGCAUAUCAUCGCAGCCGCUCUGCUUCUGCAACCUGUGAAACGUCACAUGGUUCCAAUCGAACCCAAAGCCAUAGCUGCUGUGCAGGAAACCGGUUCGAACGAUAACCACAAAUACUCGGCAGUUGAAGUGGCCGCUCAACCGCAAACAGAUGCAAAUUGUGAUUUCGAGUCGGACGAUGAGGACGACUAUCUCGAAAAACAAACAUUUAUUACCGAUCAUGAUACGGAUGCCCAAAGUAUCUACGGGUUCGAGGUAACUUCCCAGAUACGGCGACGAGAUUCGCUGGCUGCAGCAGUAUUUUUGUCGAGAGCCAAAAGUGAAGUUUUUCAUCCCACACAGAGACGAUCGUCGUUAGUAGAUGAUACACUGGUGUUCCAUUCCGGUUCGCAAAACUUGGAAACGUCUUACGAAAAGAAACGAUGGUUUCAGUCCGAUUCGGCUGAAACGGUGAAUCUGGGCAGCUCGAUAAAAAUCUUCGAGGAGAGAGAACGCAGAAGCUCUCUGGACAAUAAUCUACCGAAACGGAAGUUAUCGGGCAUUUUUGGAGUCCGGCUGUCCCCACCGACUAAGCAAUGGUUCGAAAAAUCGACCGAUCCGGUUCACCUAAGUAGCACAUCCCGUGUCCUCGACGAGCGUUAUCCAGCAACUCGAUCAGGUGUCCGCGAUGGGUCCCAUCCGAUACCUACGGUGUCGCACUCCAAACUGCCAGUUUUAAGCGAAAACCAAGGACUUACGGAUGAUAACCGGCUUCCAUCGAUCAUGCGCCAGCUAGAUCGACCGGUCCCCUCGAGAUCGAUAGCACCGAAAGCUACCAAUUUCAACGUAGAUAGCAUUGAAACUGAACCGAAGCGAAAACAAACCAUCCUGCAAAAAAUUAUCGCCAUUUUUGAUCUCACUUUGCUGAAAGACAGAAUUUACGUGAACAUGAUGCUUGGAAUGGCAAUUUCGGUGUUUGCCGAAAUUAAUUUCUCAUUAAUGACGCCAUUUAUUCUCAACGACCUUGGCUAUCAUACGAAACAGAUCGCCUCGAUAAUGUCCACCCUGGCGGUGGCGGACUUAAUAUUCAGAUUUAUUUCCCCGUUUGUGGGCGAUAUGUUGAAGCUGACACCACGCAUAAUGUACAUGAUUUCCCUGGCAAUGCUGAUUGUUUUCAGAUUCGGCAUUCUGGUAGCUCGCAGCUUUCAGGAGAUUAUCAUAGUGGCAUUCUUUCUGGGAGUGUCGAAGGGAGUUCGCACGGUCUACAUGAGCCUGGUGAUCCCCAGCUACAUACCAAUCAAACGUCUUCCGUCGGCCGCCAGCAUCCAGAUGAUGGUAAACGGUAUCAUUUUGAUGACAAUUGGGCCCUUGGUGGGGUUGAUCCGCGAUCUGUCCGGAAACUAUUCGAAAAGCAUUUUAUUCAUCAAUGCAUUCACUAUCGUGACGCUGGUGAUGUGGGCCGUCGAAAUGGCGUAUGUGAAACGGAAAACACGGAAGAAGCAGCUGGAAAUGAUUCACACACCGGCGUCGUGAUGUGAGUGUCGGAACCGUCAAAUGGGUGAAUAGAAUUUGGUUGGAGAAUUUCAAA